AUGAGAAAGAAGGUGAAACUUGCAUUCAUGGUCAGUGAUUCCGCAAGGAAGAUAACUUACAACAAAAGAAAAACGAGUUUGAUCAAGAAGGUUAAUGAACUCACCACCCUAUGUGGGAUUGAUGGAUGCGCUAUAGUUUAUAGCGAAUUUCAUUCAGAGCCUGAGGUUUGGCCUUCUCCAUGGGAGGUCCAAAAGGUUCUCACAAAGUUCAAAAGUUAUUCAGAAUUCGAGCAAGGAAAGAAGAAGCUGAACCAAGAGAGCUAUUUGAGGGAGAGGAUUAUGAAGUCCAAAGAGCAAUUGAUGAAAUUGGAGAAGAACAAUUGGGAGACGGAGAAGUCCUUGAUCUUGUUUCAAUGUCUUGUCAAAGAAGAUUUUGUCGACACUUUGAACUCAAAUGUUUUGAAUGAUCUAGCAUGGGAAAUUAAUGAGAAGCUGAAGGAAAUUACCUCAAAGGCCAAUGAACUAGACACAAGUGCAACCAAUUAG